AUGCAGCGACGGGCGCCACCGUGUCCGUGGACUGAAGAGCACGAAAACAUAGCCCGAAUGCAGAAGCUACGCUGCGCCCAGACAAAACAAGAGAUAAAGAUGGCUAAUAAAGAACUGGUACUGGUAAGCAGUGCAAAUCCCUGUAACCCACUAAACGUCAAAUCUCUGUGAGGAUUUAUGUUCAGAAUCUACUUUCAUGGGUUUAUUUUUCUAACAGCGCAAUAAUAUUAGGGAUGUAUUCAUUAAACUGUAAAUCGCAGAACAUCAAUAAGUUUAAAAUAUAUAUAUAUUUUUUUUAAUAAAAUAACUAAACUUGAAUAAUUCUCCUCCCACUCUUUUUGUCAAUCAUCAUUUUAUUGAGGCAUAGUUACAAUAAUAAUAAAGAUUCACUAUCUGACACAUGCGCUUUAGUUCACUGGUCAUAUGCAUUUACAAAUAAUAUUUCAAUGUCGGUUGAGCAGCGAUUGAACAAUUGUGAGUUUAUAUGUAAAAGAAACUACAGUACGAGACCCUCUAGGACAGGGCUGCCUUAAAAGAUAGAUCCCCAGAUGUUUUAAAACUACAGCUUCCAUGAUGCUUUGCCAUUCUAGUGGCACGCAAAGCAUCAUGGGAGUUGUAGGUCUACAACAUCUGGGGAUCGACAUUUUGGGCACCCCUGUUCUAGGGUUUCUUAUUGUGCCAAUAUACAAUCCGUCUUGGAAUUACAACCUCUUUUUGUUUUGUUUCUACAAGAAACGUUUAAGGUGAAAUAAAGUGAAAUGUUGAAAAACAUUCAACAUUUCUCAGAUCCAUUGCAUUGUCCUACGAGUUGUUACAUGAACAAACUCCCAUCCCAGAUGCGUGUCUGUCAAAAUGUACUUUUAUUCCGCAGGUCCGAAGGGCAGCUCUGAAGAGACUACUGAAGGAGGAACAAGAACAAUAUAGCAAGGAACUAAACAGCCAGGGAAAAUGCUUUCAUACCCAGAGGUUGUGAGAUCACCGAAGCACACGCUUGCACAGCAUUUUAAGUCCCACCUGAGAUGCUGCAUGUAUCCAUCAGAACAUUAAACCUUGUCUGUAUCCACAUUUUUAGAGAAUAUCAUAUUUUUAUUCAUGCAUAGUUUUGUUUUUAUAUGCAGUUGUUUUGAAAGAGCUUAAUUUGGAUGAAAAUAAACAGCAUAAUAAAUGAAACAUGACAACAAUACAUUUAAAUAUAAUACAAAUUGUAGCCAUGCAUGGCGUCAUUGUUAUGGCACACUGGCAGCCAACAAGAUUAUCCAGUAAUUCUUGAGCAGCCCCUGUGGACAGGCCCAGACUAAGAUGCUAGUGAGAAGGCUCCCAUGGUUCUUCACUGAAGUGUCAAUUGUCAGGAAUUUAAAGAAUUUAAAAUGUUAGUCCAAAAUAGCCCAGUUGCAAACAUGACUUGACAUGAGAAUUUUUCCAAUUCAGCUAUAAUGGACUAAAGCUUAAAAUGUGUGUGGCUGUGUUUGGAGGCUGAAGGAGCUGGAUGCAGAAUGGCUGAGCUUCCUGCUGGAAAGAGUAGUAAGUGCUUAACAUUUAUUCAGAAGCCUCCUUGAGAAAUACUACUCCCCUACCUAAGCAGGAACACUUUGGCUCUGAUUCAGCUUGAAUUCCAUAUAGAUCAGCUAGUGUUUGGUGCUGUAUACUCACCUGUGGCCUACUAGCUGGAGCGAGGCAGGGGAAGUGGCCGAUUCUCCGCUCUCUCGUGCAACCUUGAAUUCUUGUGAGCCCUGUUCUCCCGCUCUGUUCGGUCCACUACAGCAUUUCCUCUCGACUGGCUUCACACUACAGGCCCCCUGUGUUAGGGCAUAGGAACACACAACUCUAUCUACACAAAAUGCCAGAUGACUGUGCUGUGGCGGUUCCUUUCUGCCCUGCCAAACAGGCACAACCUCUCAGCAGCUUCCUAGACCGAUUUGAUCACCUAUGUGCUGCGUUCAGGAAAAGUCUGCAGGCGAUGCAGGAGGUGGAAGCAGGGCAUGGGGACCAUGGAUGCAACCUCAUUCUUCACCACGUGGUGUCUCAGCAGGAGUUCCUGGAGCAAGUCUGA